UGAUUGGUCGAUGAUGACGAGUUGUUCAGACGAUGAAGAGCUGCAGAGACGAGCUUCAGAUCUACUGUGGCCUACAUCUGUCACUGUCCCACCGAUAGAGAUGAUACAGGGAGGAAGUCAAUCCGCAUGAUGAUUGGCUCAUCCUGCAGGCUCUGCCCCGCCCCCUCUGUGAUGACAGGAGAUAAAUGACAGGAGCGACGCCUCAGAGCCUCGAUCCGGCUCCAUCUCGUCUCUGUGCAGGACUUCAGGGGAACUUUCAUCUGUGUGGAACUUUUAUCCAUUUUUCCCACAUUGUCACUUGACACUGAGAUCAGGAUCAGGAUCAGGAUCAGGUUCGGGUUCGGGUUCAGGAACAGGAACAGAAUCAGGAUCAGCUUCCGGAUCAGGAUCAGGUUCAGGAUCAGGACAAGGAUGGAGCUGAAGGAUUUCUGUCUGAUGGACGAGCGUCACCUCUUCGCUCCACAUCGCCUCCUGGACUCCUCCUCCUCCUCCUCCUCCGUUGAUGAAGCUCGUUCUCCGGCCUCCUUCCUCCACUCCUCCCCCCUCAGCCCCCCCUUCCCUCUGGAUGCCACGCUCGCCUUCAGCCACUCUCAACCGGGUUUCCUCCUCGUCAGCCCGGCCUCCUCCUCCUCCUCCUCCUCUUCCUCCAUCAGCCUCCUCUGUGGAGCGGCGGAGCCCGACUCUCCCACCGGAUCUAGUUCCAGCGGCGGAAGCGUCGGGGGCGGGGCUAUGGGGUCCCACUCCGACUCGUUUUCAGCGCAGGUCGACUCCAUCCUGAGGGGUGACUACCUGACACCAGGGGGCGCUGCAGGGCCCAAGAGGCUCUGUCUGGUGUGUGGAGACUUUGCCUCCGGUUAUCACUACGGAGUGGCGUCCUGCGAGGCCUGCAAGGCGUUCUUCAAAAGAACCAUCCAGGGCAACAUCGAAUACAACUGUCCAGUGACGAGCGCGUGUGAGAUCACGAAGAGGCGGAGGAAGGCGUGUCAGGCCUGUCGCUUCCACAAGUGUCUGCAGGCCGGGAUGAUGAGGGAGGGGGUGCGUUUGGACCGGGUCAGAGGGGGACGUCAGAAGUACAAGCGGCGGGUGGAGACAGGAAGGUGCAGUCACCUGAUCAGCAGCAGAAACAAGAUGAUUUCUCACCUGCUGCUCACUGACCCCGCCCCACUGGCUGCCAAUCAGGACAAUUCGACCAAUGACAGCAGCCUGAGCACCCUGCUGACCCUGUGUGACCUCCUGAACCGGGAGCUGCUGGUUCUGAUUGGCUGGGCCAAACAGAUCCCAGGCUUCUCCGGCCUGUCAUUGGUCGAUCAGAUGUCGCUGUUGCAAAGUGGUUGGAUGGAGGCGCUGCUGGUGGGCGUGGCCUGGCGAUCGCAGGAAGCGCCGGGGGAGGAGCUUGUGUUCGCCGGGAACCUGCGGUUGGACGAGGGUCAGUGUCGAUCCCUGGGAUUGGCCGAGCUGUACGAGGCGCUGCGCCACCUGACAGUGAAGUACCAGCUGAUGGACCUGAGUCCUGAGGAGGUGGUGACGCUGAAGGCCAUGGCACUGGCCAACUCUGACGCUGAGCCGGUGGACUGUCCCGACUCGGUGCAGAGGUUCCAGGACGGGCUCCAUGAUGCGCUGCAGGAGUACGAGUCGUCCCGCAGAGAGCGCCACCGAGCCGGUCGCCUGCUCAUGAGCCUCCCUCUGCUGCGACAGGCCGCCGACCGAGCUGUGCAGGCCUUCCUGCACCUGCACCGCCACCGCCGCGUCCCGCUCCACAAGCUGCUCCUGGAGAUGCUGGACGCCAAGGCCUGACGUCCGUCUGCUGAGGCUCAUCACCACGGGACAGAAAACCGUCCUCGCACAGAGACUCAUUCAUUUUCUGUUCACACUGAAGUUACAUCAGGAUAAAAGACUCAUGAACUGACUUCAUGAUUCAACAUUUUUUCUUUUGGCAGAAAUGUUCUUCCAUAGUUUUCAUCUGUUCAGAGAAGAGCUGAGAACAUUGAACGUUUCCUCUUUACUGUCAGAAUAUAAAUGUCAAUAACUGAUUGAUAAUCAUCAUGUGAGUUUUGUAGAGAAGGGGCCACAGCUCAGUCAUCGGGGGGGACGUCAUGGACAUCAUCACUUUCUCUCAAGUCUUUGUUGACUCGGAGAAACAGAGAAGUCAUUUGAAGCAGUUUAAUUUCUGUGUUCAGGAAUCGAACGUGAGAGAAACAUCUGUUCACAGCUGGAACCUUCAGCUCCAUCAUCGUCUGAACCUGGACACGUUUCAUGUAUAAAAUCCAUACUUUUUGUAAAAUAUAUUUUUAUGUGAACUUCUUCUCAGGGCGUUUGAGUGUGAGGUUGAUAACUGAUUUUGUCGUGUGUCCAGAAACGAUCGAUCAUCGGCAGCUGAUUAGUUUAGUUUGAGCCGUUUGUACUGAAAGUUUAAUAAAACACACGAUUCUCAUCUU